AACAAAUACAAACCAACCAUGUCUCGCCGCUCGCGCUCUAAACCAUUGCCCCAGGAGCAGCCCGCAGCCCCGGCGCUGUACGAAGAAGACGAGGACAUCGGCGACGACGAGGCCGACGCCCUGCUUGAUGAGGAGGCAGAGGUCACUCGUUGUGUGUGUGGCCGCGACGAACUCACGCCGCUGCAAACAAACGCUCAGCUCCUGCAAUUGCUCCAGCUGGAGUACGGCAUCAAGGUGGAUCUGGGGCUUUUCAUCCAGUGCGACAAGUGUCUGGUGUGGCAGCACGGCUACUGUGUCGGGUUGUUCAUGAACGACGACGUGCCCGACAAGUACUGGUGUGAGAUGUGUCGCCCCGAGAUGCACGUCGUGGUCGAGGAGCUGGCCACCGGGAGUAGGCCCAGUCGGACCUUGUACAAGCCUGUCAACGAGAAGAGACGUGCUCUUUUGAAUUGGACCGGCGGUCGUCACAGAGCUGACCGAGAGAGGUCCUCCGCGGUCAAACAUGAGGUGGCGGCAGAAAACCACCUGGAUGCCCGUGGAAGUGGCAGUGGUGCCGGUGCUGGUGCUGGUGCUGGUACUGGUGCUGGUACUUCCUCGGGUGGUGCUGCCCCGGAUGACGGUACCGUUGGCGAACAGUCUGAGGGGACAGCAACCGUACGAAAGGACCGCCGUCAUGCCGAAGGCUACGACGAACAAUUGGAAAAGGCAUUGAGAGAAAGCGCCAAGGAGAGCGGAGUUCCCUUGAGUGACAUAGAAGGCAGAACGUCGAGAAAGAGACGUGCUGCUUCUGGAAAGGAGGAGAGUUCUGGCGGAGAGGACGAUAAGAAUACGACAACGGCAGCGGGAGGUCUGCGUAAGCUGUCACCCGACCUGUUACUCCCAGCCUCGACUUCUUCUCGUGUAGGUAGUCCAACUAAAAGACGGCGUGGUGUAGCAGCUGCUGGUGCCGACUCCAAGCCGGUCGUCUCUUCGGACAAUGACGACAGAGCAGCACAUUCCCAAGACACCAAUGCCUCGUCCGCCACGUCUGCGCCUACCACGGCCGGGACUUCUGGAGGCUCUUCUUCGACUGGAACAAAGGGCAGAGGAAGGGGGAAGAGCAAGGCCGGAACCCCAGCAGCCAACUCCGCGCCGGCUCCGACCAAGGAGGAGCUCACAUCUCAGCCAUCGAAGCCACGGUUCGUCAACCCCAAGUCAAGCAUCUACGAGCUCCGUAAGCGUACGGGGGCCAUUCUCGAAUGGCUUGGCCGGCUGCAGCUUGAACUCGAGGAGGAGAAGUCCCACAAGGUGGAAUUGUUUCUCUACCACGAAAACGACAAUGAGGCCAAACGCGAACAACCAGACAUCACCGGAAAGUACGACCAUAACUUGCGUUUAAUGGAGCAAUUGACCGAGAAGAUUUUGAAUUGGGAACAAAAGUUUGGCAAGUAUGCUCCUUGAUCUCGUGUGAACCCCCGACCAAGUGAAGAGGGGGGUCGUCCUAAGAUCUUACACACUUCCCUACGGGGUCUUCGAGUCAGUCCACUGGGCCCCUACCCGGAGAGUACCACUGCGUGGUGCCUAGCUCCUCUACGAGGAGACCUCCUACAGCCAUUCCUCGUUAGAGGAAGAAGGCCCCCACGGCUAGUGGCCCACGGAGUGCCAGCGGAGCGGCUUUCAGACCCCGUAGGGUGACCCACUCAGUUCCCCGCGGGACUAGCAAGACGCUCAGCUGGGUACCCUGCCCGAGGAUGGACACUGUGCUGCUCCAUGGAUCCGAUGAUAUAGAAAAGGCAUAGGAACCGUCCAUGUGAGCUCACCCACUAAGGAUGUCUGAACUCCAGCUACUGGCUUGACUGACUGUGAAUCGGCCCACAAUCUACAAUUGGUUGAACCUAGUGGU